AUGAACUACCGCAUCCUACCAUUCUCUAAAUUUCAGAUAUAUAACUUUGGGAACAUGAAUGAAGCGUCAUCAUCUUCAUCCUUCAAUCAACAACUUGCAGAAAUAACAGAGGAGAACAGAGUCGACGACUUCCAUCUGGAACCACCAAAAUCGUACAACUACUACCAGCAGCAGCCUGAUCAUAUAAUUACCGAUGUUCUUCCUCUUCAAUACCCCUCGAUAGUAAUGGAUUGCCAAAGAGAAAAACUCCCAGAUUGGCAAUGUCUACAAAGUUUCCAGGCAACACAGAAUCCGAGGAAACGUAUGAAUGAUGGUUGUGAUCAAAAUAUUAAUGUGAACAAGAAACUCGCACACCAUGUCCAUGAAGGAAUGCAAGGAGUUAACGGACGUGUGAGAGAAAGGGUGCCUAUGAGAAGAAGCCAAAAGCUAGCUGACAAAAUCACAGCCCUUCAAAAGCUUGUCUCUCCUUACGGCAAGACGGACACGGCUUCUGUGCUUCAAGAAGCUCAUAUCUCUAUCAAUUUUCUACAUCAUCAGAUUCAGGAGUUGCUGCAGAAAACACAGAAUUCAACAGACAAUGUUCGACCAGUACAAUUUUGGAAUGAGGAAGCAGAAAGCGGGCUCCGUGAGAGAGGCCUGUGUUUGGUUCCCAUAUCAACUCCUGAGAUCAACAGCCUAUGUUUUGGAAAGCAUAAUUUUAUGCCUGGAAGCGGAAACUACUAG